GAAGAAUACGAAAAACACGGAAGUUACCUCGAAAGCGCCAAAAAUCGAAAUACCAGACGUGAAAUAGUUAGCUACUUGUUUGCUCCGUAGUCAACAACACAAUUUCAGUAACAAUGACGGAGAACACUUUCCCAGUGUAUAAAGUGGACGCCAUCGUAACCUUUUUCCGCACUGAGGUCCUUACCGGGCAGGAGGCUAAACAUUUCACUAAGAACGACCUUGCCCCGAGCCCAAAGCCAGAUGCAGUACAGAGACUGUACAUGAGGAUACUGCAACUCCUGUACCGCUUCAAGCCUGAGUGUCAUUACAUGGUCCCAUUCUCUGAGAACAUCCAGCAUCCCCAGCUCCAUGAGUGGCCCACUGCUGUCAUGAGUGUCUACCUGAGGAUGCGUCAGUUCCUGCGGAUGUGCUAUGUGUAUGACUUCUCACUGAAUGACCUGCUGGCUCCCAAGGUGAAGAGGACGGUGACCAUCCUGAGUGGCAUCAUGAACUACCUUCACUUCAGGAAGCAGAGGCUGGAUAUGACUAUGGGACACCAGGAGAGAUUUAGAGAAGACAUGGACAAGCUUCAGGCUUACUCACGAGGAACUAAAGACGCUCAGAAGAAAAUGGACAAGCUGACUACCAUCCCCCCAGAGCAGCAGGCUGAAGCGAGGGAAUUGGACUCUGCUCUCUCUGACCUGCAGACCAACACCAUGCACCAAUACCAGGAAGUGAAUGCUAUCAAUGAGAAUAUUGCAGAGUGGAAAACUGAGAUGGCAGAGAAGUCCCAAAAAUUGACCCAGCUGAAGGUUGAUGUGGCCACUCUGAAGGAGAACAUUGGUAAGCUAAAGUCUCAGAUCGUUGAGUCUCCUGAAGAGAUGAAGAUUCAGAUGGAGAAGAUGAAGGAAAACGUGAAGAACAUCAAGCUGGCCAUCGAGACGGCAGACGAGCGUCUGGUAGGGCUGCAGAGUAAUGUCCAGGGUGUGACUCACAGCGAGGCGGACAUCCAGCUGAUAUUUAAACUGCUGCAGGACCUCCAGAGCUCCAUGAACAAGACCCAACAGCACCAGGUAGAG